AUGAUAGAGUCUCAAAAAAGCAUGAUAGCUGAAUUAACGCAGUUGUUCAAAGGGGGAAGCGACAAAGGAAAAGACCCCGUUGUUAAUACAAAAGAAGAAAAUAAUGAUAGCCCUUUCUAUCCUCCAGGUUUCACUCCUCCUCAUGCGCAAACCCAAGCUGAGGUGCAACCACGCAGAUCAUCUGUUACUAUCAGGCCUCAGCAGUUUCAAACUAGUGCCUCAAUGCCAGUAAAUUUCCAAACUGGAAUAGGUUCUUAUCUCGGAGAAGCCCCUACUAAUCCCAUAGUACCCGAUUUUGACGAAAUGAUAGGAAAAGAGAAAACAAAGGAAGAACUGCCGAGCCGAUUGGAGGAAAGAUGUAAAUGGCUCGAAGAGAAAUUCAAAGCCAUGGAAACUAGCGAGAAUUAUCAUGGGAUGGACGCCAAAGAUCUAAGCUUGGUACCAGAUUUGGUCCUCCCUCCUAAAUUUAAGAUGCCGGAGUUUGAAAAAUAUGACGGGACAAGUUGUCCCGAAGCUCAUAUCACUAUGUUUUGCCGAAGGAUGACCAGGUACAUCAACAAUGAGCAACUAUUGGUUCACUAUUUUCAGGACAGUUUGAUCGGGUCAGCGGUUAGAUGGUACAAUCAAUUGAGUCGAACCGAAAUCCACUCCUGGAAAGAUUUGGCGCAGGCCUUUAUAAAGCAAUACAGACAUGUGAUGGAUAUAGCACCCGAUCGAAUUGUAUUACAAAACAUGGAAAAGAAAACUAAUGAGAGCUUUCGCCAGUAUGCUCGGAGAUGGAGAGAGGUAGCAGCACAAGUUCAACCACCACUUUUAGAGAAUAAGAUAACCAUGCUUUUUAUCAAUACCUUGAAAGCUCCAUUUCUCAAUCACAUGUUGGGCAGUGCCACUAAAAGCUUUUCAGACAUAGUGAUGUCUGGAGAAAUGAUAGAGAACGCCAUAAGAUGUGGCAAGAUAGAAGCAGGAGAAAGUACUAAAAGGUCGGCUCCAAGGAAGAAGGAGCACAAGAUAAACAAUACAAGCAUGUUUAACAAGGACCAUUCUAAAACAAUCACGGUCGGACAAGCCAGAGCAGUAACCGCUAAUCGGCAAGGUUCUUCGAAACAGGAAUCUAAUCCAAGGCCAAAUGUAGAGAGACUUCAAUUCACACCCAUCCCAAUGACGUAUAGGGAAUUGUACCAGAACUUAUUCGAUGCACAUAUGGUAUCUCCAUAUUACCUGAAACCAAUGCAACCCCCAUACCCUAAGUGGUAUGACGCAAACGCCCAAUGCGAGUAUCACGUGGGGACCAAGGGCCAUUCGAUUGAAAACUGCACUGCAUUCAAGAAGUUAGUUGAAAAACUUAUCAAUUUGGGGAUCGUAAAGAUUGGUGACUCAUCAGGACCAAAUGUAGCAGAGAAUCCGUUGCCCAAUCAUGACAAUAAAGGGGUGAACGCGAUAAUUGAGAACGGAAGAAAGAGAGUCAAAGUCAACAUAGCCGAGAUAAGGACCCCCCUUGAAUGGGUUUGGAAACAAAUGGUGAAAAAAUGUCUCAUCAGGCAAAAUUCAAUAAAAAGGCCUGAAGGAGCAAUGAAGUUUUGUGAGUUCCACGCAGAAGAAGGCCAUGACAUCCAAAAGUGUACCGAGUUCAGAACCAUGGUGCAAAGCUUAAUGGAUAGCAAAGAGUUAGAGUUUUAUGAAGAGAUUAAUGAACUAGCAGAAGGAGAGGUCUAUGCUACAGAAGAAGGAUCUACGGGGAAAGCCCAAAAGGCUAAUUACCCGGUGGUAAUUAUUUCAAAACCAAGGAGCAGAGAAUCUGGAAUACAAAUAGCACCAAAGGUCAUAAUCCAAAAACCUGUAUCCUUUCCCUACAAGGAUAGCAAAAAGGUUCCUUGGAAUUACAACUGCAAUGUAACAAUCCCAGGAGAAGAGAGCUUGGUAAAUGCUUUAGGAGAGGAUAAAGGAUUCUAUACACGAAGUGGAAAACGCUAUGAUCCGGCAAACGCAAGAGUGGAGUCUGGAAAAGGAAAAGCCUUAGCGGUUGAAUUGGGAAAAGCAAAGACAGACAAAAUUGAGCCGCGUAUCAAUCAGCCGGUAACUAAAAAUGAGGCUAAUGAAUUUCUAAAAUUCUUAAAACAUAGCGAGUACAGCGUGGUAGAGUAA